CUUUCCUUGCUCAGCGAGUUAUCUGUUAGUUUGUGAAGCAUCUCUUUGGCUCUGGAUAUGUAUUUCAUGCACACGUUAAAUAUUCGUUAAUUGAAGAAAUGUACCCAUGCCCGAGAAUAUGUAACAAGGCCAGAUCUUCUUUUCUCGUUAUCAUUUUCCCCGCAACCAGUGCUGAGAGUCGCAAAGGACAAAGCCUUCCAUCUAUGACAUCCGAAAACCAACUGAACUCACCCGCCGCGUCUAGUCAACAAAUACAAGGCAACCACAGACACGCACCUCGCCGUAGUAGCAACCGCAUAUUCCGCAGCCACCUGAUCUAACCCAAACGUCAGCAAUAACCAAGUCAGCCCCUCCUUCACCAACAUAUAGACCACCCAAGAAAGGCCCAACCCCCACCCAACACACGAGAGAAUAAC